CUCUAUGGUGGCAACUAUCUUGCAACACUGUGUUGAACUAACAAAGUGUCAAACAAAAUAUUUUAGAAAUUGUUUUUGGGGCAUUUUAUUUCGUAUUUAUUUGCUCAUUACAAAUAGCUGUGGACUAAAGGCAAUAAUGAAUACAAUAUAUAUAAAUAAAAGUGUACACGUGUUGAAGUACUUGUGAUUGCUGGGAUUUAUUCAGAUUUAUCCAGUCCAGAAAUAGAAAAAUCAAUCCUGGUCAAUCCAGAAUGUCCACUCGGUGUCUUCUUGGAGUACAUUCGAACAAAUGUAGGCCUGCAAAAAUACGAUGAAUUCGAUUUGUGUCCCGAGACUGGAGUUUUAAAAAAUCUCAACGAAACUUCGAUGUUCACGAACGCCUCGACUUUGAUGGAGGAUCGAGAGACUUUCUUUGUUGUUCACAUACAAAGAGAUGCAGACUGUGUAUCCUACCACCUGCUGCUUCCUCGAAACCACGAAAUAUACAACGAACUUUCAUCAAAAAUCAAAGAAAACGCCUGCGUCUGCGACUCCGGUCUAAAUUUAUCAGGUGUCACCAACCUUUCGGGUAGUAAAGGGAGCAGAUCGAGUACCAGCAAAAGGGGUAGCAAAUCUUUGUCAUCAACGGGAACCAAAAAAUCCUCCUCUGGAAGCGUCAAAUCUGGAUCAUCCAAUAAUAGGAGGUUAUCGAGUGCUGGAAGCAAGGAGAAGAGAUCUGGUAGUAAUGUUAAAAUGUAA